CGAUAAGACGUCAUCGUGUGGGCGUGAGCGUUGUGAACAUCAACAAAAGAGAGAAGAAGGAGAAAGGAGAAAGACGAGAGGAGACGAGAAGGACUACACUACGGCCGAAGAGAAACAGAUAUGUGGAUUUAACCUGAAGGAACAGUUAAAAUACUGUGGUGAAAACAAGAGGUCACUCGCUCCAGUGCCAGAGACAUGGACGCCUUCAAGCUGAUGAAGGAGCUGCGGAUGAAUUACGAGCAGGAGGUUCAUUAUCUCCCUAAAGAGACUGGGCUCAGCCUCAUCGAAUCAACGAUGCAGGAUGACAGUCGGAUCUCAGCAAAGUGCCGAGAUGCCAAAGUGGAGGACCUGUGGAGCCUGACCAGCUUCUUUGGUUACAGCACACAGACCUUUGUCCUGGCUGUUAACCUGCUCGACAGAUUCCUGGCCAUGAUGAGGAUCCAGCCGAAGCACCUGUCCUGCGUCAGCCUCAGCUGCCUCCACAUGGCGGCCAAAGUGACUGAGGAGGAGUGCAACGUGACGUCCACCGACGAGCUCAUACGCAUCGGACAGUGCAGGUUCUCCGUGUCCGACCUCGGGCGCAUGGAGAAGAUCGUUGCAGAGAAGCUCAACUUCAAGUCCAAAGCCAUCACUGCCUUAACCUUUCUGCAUUUGUACCACCAGAUCGCACUUUCACACUCCACAGACAGGAAGGAAACUCUGAGCCUGGAGAAGCUGGAGGCUCAGCUCAAAGCCUGUUUGUGUAGGAUCUCCUUCUCAAAAGCAAAGCCGUCAGUCCUAGCCUUGUCUCUCCUGAUGCAGGAGAUUGAAGCCGUUCAGUCAGGAGACAUGUUGGAGAUAGCCUAUCACAUCCAGAGACACUUGAAGAUUGCAGAUGGCGAACUCCUACUAUGGAGCGAGCGUGUCGCUCUGUGUCUGUCCGACUACGCCUCCCCUGAAUGCAGCAAACCCAACCACAGGAAGCUGCAGUGGAUUGUGUCGCGGCGGACUGCCCAGAACCUACAUAGCUACCGCAGUGUCCCCGAGCUGCCCACCAUCCCUGAGGGCUGCUGGGAUGAGAGUGAGAGUGAGGACUCAAGUGAGGAUGUGAUGAGUUCAGGUGAAGAGUCUCUCAGCAGUUCUCUUGGCAGUGACGCUGAAGGGCCCUUCUUUCCUCUGCACCUCCGCCGCCAAAAACACCGCCAACACCUCCACGCCUGAUGCAUCUGCCGACUUGUGCCUCAACUUCUCCCCCCCCGACCCCUUUACCCGACGUCUUUAAUUUAUUGUUUAAUAAGCUCCGGUGCUAGUGGAGAGUUGCAUAACUGGCAGCUGAGCAGUCCGUACUCUUCCUUGUAGACUUGGUAGAUUUUAGUAUAUUGAUGUGUUGGUGCAUGUAGAGAUGUCACAUUCCCGGAUGAAAAUGUUUUAAGGAUAUACAAGUGAUGGGUGGAGUCUGGUUGUUAUGGUGCUGAACUAGCCAACACUGUGGUUGGAUUAAUAGAAAAAUGUAAUGCUGAGACGUGAGUUCAGGCCAGAUUGGUUCACAUUAUCGACGAGAAGAAAAUGUGCUUAAUGUGAUUAAUUUAAUAGAAUGUUUUUUGACUGUUAUUAAUCUAAGACUGUUUUUACUAAGAGUACGAAGGAGUUUUCCUGAUGUACAGAAGCUGAGAGCGGCGGUGGGCUCGCUGUCUGGAUGUUUGAGACUUACAAGAUAAAUACGCAAAAUAAUUUCUUGAGAUAACUGCAUCGCAAAAGCGAGCAUAUUUGCUCUCACCUUCUGUAGAAAUUUAAUUUGCACAUUUUUCUUUGAUCUCUUUUCAAGUGUUUAGUGGGCAGACUGGAGGUUUGUGUCUGGAAGGAAACAGUUAGCUGAGUGCUCAGAGCUCACGUUCAGUCACUCUUGAUGUCUUGAAGUGCCUUGCUCAAAAGCAGCAGGGAGAGACGUUUGAAUCAGCUCUGAAACAGUCAUUCUUUCGAGUCAAACCCUGCUGACAACACAGGGUGUUAGGUUAAAAACAUAUAAUGGGUGUGUGUUUGGAUGUGUGUAUGUAUGACCCUGGUUUAAAUUCAAAAGUUGCCAAUUUUAGGAUGUAGCUUAAAAAAGGUCUUGUGUUUUGAAACUGUUCAGAGGAUGUUGUAUGAACAAAUAAUGCUGACCGUGUCAAAAAAAACCCAUCUAAAACUUUCAAAAAUGUAAAAAAAACUUCCAAAAAUGUAAAAAAAAAUGUUAAUACAAAAACAUGUAAAAGUGUAAAUAAUGUACAAAAAAAAUGUUUAUAGUUCUUUGUAGAUAUUAAGUUAUUUAUUCUCUUUUUGUCACCUGUACUGAAAAAAGAAAAUCUUAUAAAAAUAUUAUUUUGUAUCUA